AUGGGGUGUGUGCUCGGACAACACGAUGAAUCUGGAAAAAGGGAAUGGGCCAUCUACUACUUGAGCAAGAAGUUCACGAAGGCAAUAAAAGGGAGUGCCUUGGCAGAUUAUCUAGCUCAACAACCCAUAAAUGAUUAUCAGCCUAUGCAUAUAGAAUUCCCUGAUAAGGAUAUUAUGGCCUUGUUUGAGGAGGAGGUUGAAGAUGAGGACAUGGAUAAGUGGGUUGUGUGGUUUGAUGGUGCAUCUAAUGUGCUAGGUCAUGGGAUUGAGGCAGUGUUGGCUUCGCCAGACAAGCAAUAUAUACCUUUCAUAGCUAGGUUGUGUUUUGACUGCACAAACAAUAUAGCGGAGUACGAGGCAUGCGCCCUAGGGAUCCGAGCGGUGAUCAACUUUAGGGUCAAGUUGCUCAAAGUAUACGGGGACUCGAUAUUGGUGAUUCAUCAGUUGAAAGGUGAAUGGGAGACCAGAGACCACAAGUUGGUACCUUACCAAGCUUACAUCAGGAAAUUGAAGGAACUCUUUGAUGACAUAUCAUUUCAUCACAUUCCUAGAGAGGAAAACCAGAUGGUCGAAGCCCUUGUUACUCUAUCGUCCAUGUUCAAAGUGAGCCCUCACGGAGAUUUACCAUACAUCGAAUUCAAAUGUCGUGUUGAGCCUGCACACUGUUGUUUGAUAGAAGAAGAGGAGGAUGGUAAACCUUGGUACUUCGAUAUCAAACGAUACAUUAAGAAUAAGGAAUACCCACCUGAGGCCUCUGACAACGACAAGAGGACAUUACGGAGGUUGGCAGCCAAUUUUCUCCUUAGUGGGAAUGUCUUGUACAAAAGCAACCAUGACAUGGUGUUGCUUUGA